AUGAGUUCAAACAGACAAGCCUAUUAUAAAAACAACGCCAAGGAGCAAAUUGGCAAGGAGAAGAGAAAUGAGGAGGCUGUCACCAUUAGAAAAGACAAACGAGAGGAAGCAAUUUCGAAACGGCGUAACAUCAAUGCUCAGAUUGAAGAUGAUUCGGAAACUUCAACCACUCCACCAGGACCUUUUGAUGCCAACUUGCUUCGGCUGACUGUUGCUGCCGCUCAAUCAACGGAUCCUGCUGAGCAAUUGACCGCUGUGCAACAAGCUCGCAAAAUGCUUUCGACUGACAGAAAUCCACCAAUUGAUGAUUUGAUAGGAAGUGGGAUUUUGCCAGUCCUCGUUCAGUGUCUGUCGAGCACAGAUCCUAACUUGCAAUUCGAAGCUGCUUGGGCGCUUACAAACAUCGCAUCUGGAACAUCUGAACAAACUCAGGCGGUUGUGAAUGCUGGAGCCGUUCCUCUUUUCCUUCAACUCCUUUCAUGCGGAAAUCUGAAUGUUUGCGAACAGUCUGUCUGGGCGCUUGGAAAUAUUAUUGGAGAUGGGCCUCACUUCCGUGAUUAUUGCUUGGAGCUUGGAAUUCUUCAGCCUCUUCUUCAAUUCAUCAAUCCUGAAAUCCCUAUUGGCUUCCUGAGAAACGUUACAUGGGUUAUCGUCAACUUGUGCAGAUGCAAAGAUCCGGCCCCAAGUCCAGCUGUUGUUAGAACAAUUUUGCCAGCUCUUUCUCUUCUCAUCCAUCAUCAAGAUACCAAUAUUCUGAUCGAUACCGUUUGGGCGCUUUCCUAUCUCACUGAUGGAGGAAACGAACACAUUCAAAUGGUUAUCGAAGCACAAGUCGUCACUCAUCUUGUCCCACUUCUUGGUCAUGUCGAUGUCAAGGUUCAAACAGCUGCCCUGAGAGCAGUUGGAAACAUAGUCACUGGAACCGAUGAACAGACUCAGCUCGUUUUGGACAGCGGCGUCCUUCGAUUCAUGCCAGGUCUUCUUGCUCAUUACAAGGAAAAGAUCAACAAAGAAGCCGUUUGGUUCGUUUCGAACAUAACUGCAGGAAACCAACAGCAAGUGCAGGAUGUUUUCGAUGCCGGAAUUAUGCCAAUGAUUAUUCAUUUGCUUGAUCGGGGAGACUUCCCAACACAAAAGGAAGCUGCCUGGGCGAUUUCCAAUGUUACUAUUUCCGGACGGCCAAAUCAAGUCGAACAAAUGGUCAAGCUCGGUGUUCUCCGCCCAUUCUGUGCAAUGCUAAGCUGCACUGACUCACAAAUCAUACAAGUGGUUCUUGAUGGUAUAAACAACAUCUUGAAAAUGGCUGGUGAAGCUGCCGAGCAGGUCACCUCAGAGAUUGAAGAAUGCGGAGGACUUGACAAGAUAGAAAACCUUCAAAAUCAUGAAAACGAAGAUAUAUACAAACUUGCGUUUGAAAUUAUCGACAACUUCUUCAGUUCUGACGAUGAAGCCGGAAAUGUUGAAGGUGCCCCCAACCAAUUCGGAGGUGAUGUUCCUCCCGUUCCAGACGCUCCAAACGGUGGAUGGAACUUUGGAAAUUGA